UCGAGUCAAAAGAAUACAUUACUAUUAGAGAAACGUAUCAAUAAUUUACUCUUUUUAACUCUCUUUUAAUUAUUUAUUAAAGUUAUAUGUAACUGAUAAAUAUAUAUAUAAAGCCAUUUAAAUUAUGGAAUAUUGUAUAUGUGUAACAUAUUAAAAAAUUAGACUUUUAUUUUGAAACCAAUCAUGGCUGCCAGCUACGCAUAGGGUCGUCUAUGAAAGAGAAGGUUUGCAUAUUCGCGCAGAGACAAAAUAAACAAGAUGACUUGAAGUGAAUGAUCCACAACCAGCAUGCUGCACAACAACAGUUAAAGCAGGAGAUAGAGACCAUGGAGCCUGCGAGUCUGGAAAACUUGUGUGUUUUGUACCACAGUGCAAACUAUAUAGUUGUCAACAAACACUGGGACAUCCGUAUUGACAGCAAAAUGUGGUAUGAGAAGCAGACUGUUCAAAGUCAGCUGAAGCAUCGCUUCCCAGAACUUGCAGAUCCUGACACCUACUACGGAUUCAGGUUUUGCCAUCAGUUGGAUUUCUCUACCAGUGGUGCUUUGUGUGUAGCACUGAACAAGGCAGCAGCAGGACAUGCGUACCGCUGUUUUAAAGACAGACUUGUUACCAAAGCUUAUCUUGCUUUGGUCCGUGGUGUUGUGGCUGAGGAGAAAAUGACCCUGGACUUUGCGAUAGGCAAGAACACAACAGAGGGCAAGACCCAUAUGAUGUGCACUGAAGGAACAGAAGGUUGUGAGAAUCCCAAGCCUUGCCAAACAGAGCUCACUGUUUUAGAGUAUGGAGCAUAUGAUGGAGAUCCAGUCACAAAAGUGCUUCUACAGCCUCUGACAGGACGGACGCACCAGCUCCGAGUGCACUGCAGUGCCAUUGGUCACCCCAUAGUGGGCGACUAUACCUACAGUCUACGCACAGACAAUGCUCCGUAUCGCAUGAUGCUGCACGCCUACUUCCUCCACAUUCCACUAGAGAAUGAACCCAUCCAUGUCAUAGCCCCAGAUCCCUUUAUACCCAGCCUCGACCUCAAAUGGGCACCACAAAGAUGUGUGAACAUUCUGGAGGAUUUACUGAAGAAUAUUUUAACAAAGCCACAAGCUGAGAUCCAAGAAGAACCAGAGCCAGUGCACAAGAGGAGCAGCCCAGUGGAGAGUGAGGAGCAACAGGCACAGUGUCAGCAGUGGUUAUGUGAAUGGAAUCUGGACUGAGGAACACUCGCGCUGUAAACUGCUGAAGCUACGCUGCAGGCUGCUUAUAGGGUACCCUCUUCUUUAAAAGGCCAGCCCUCCUCAAGAACAGUGUACAGAAAGAACUGAAGGCAUAAAGGGGCAUUAAACCAUUUGGCUGAUCUGUGUAUGAAGAAGUUCACUGUGAGUCAAAGUAUUAUGGAGACCCCCCAUGCUUAUGUCAUCCUACACUAGCGUUCAAAAGUUUGAGGUCGGUAAGAUUUUUUUUUUUUUAAACGUCUUUUAACGUUUUUUUGUCUCUUAUGUUCACCAAGGCUGAUCAGAAUUACAGUAAAAACAGUAAUAUUGUGAAAUAUUAUUACAGUUUACAUUAACUGUUUUUUAUUUUCAUCUAUUUUAAAAUAUUUAUUCCUGUGACAGCAAAGCUGUUUUUUUUUCAACAGCCAUUACUGCAGUCCUUCAGAAAUCUUUAUAAUAUGCUGAUUUGGUGCUUAAAACAAAGUUCUUAUUAUUAUCAAAGUUAAUAUUUUGUGGAAACCAUGAUACAUUUUGCUUAAGGAUACGCUGAUGAAUAGGAAGUACAAAAGAGCAGCAUUUAUUUGAAAUAAAACUUUUUGUAACAUUAUAAACAUCUUUUGUUCAGUUUAAUGUCUCCUUGCUCAAUUUUUUUUUUUUUUUUUUUUAUUCUUACUGACCCCCAACUUUUGAAGCUGAAAGAACUUUUUUUUUAAAAUCCCCAUUAAAGGGAUGGUUCGCCCAAAAAUGAAAAUUUUGUCAUCAUUUACUCACCCUCAAGUUGUUUAAAACAAAAAAAAGAAAUUAUUUUGAAGAAUUUCGGUAAACAAACAGUUGAUGGGCCCCAUUGAUUUCCAUAAUAUUUUAUUUUCCCCCACUAUGGAAGUCAGUGGGGCCCAUCAACUGUUUAAUUACCCAUAUUAUUCAAAAUAACUUCUUCUGUGUUCAGCGGAAGAAAGAAACUCAUACAGGUUUGGAACAACUUGAUGGUGAGUAAAUGAUGACUGAAUUUUAAUUUUUUUAAUCUUUACCUCUUUCAAGUAUGCUAUGUGUACAAGUGUUAUUAUUCAUUGUAUGAAUGCCUAACUGUAUCGUUUUUAGUUAACAUGUGUUUUUAAAUCAAGCUUUUCAGUAAUUUAUGAUUUUUUUUAAAUUAGGUUUUUGUUGCAGUCUAGAAGGGGCCAAGACCCACCGUUUUUUCCACUAGACAAACAGUCAAGUUGUAACAAGUUACCGUAUACAUGGAUGAAAGGUGGUCUUAGAUUUUGUACUUAAAUUGUGUGAAGCAUGAUUGUAGAAAUCCAUUGCUUAAAAUUGACUGAACGAUCCCUACCUCACAAUCUAAAAUUGCAGCUUUGAAACAUCUAAUUUUGUCUCUUUUUAUCUACAAAGUAUUUUUCUUGCAUGUCAUCCUGUUACUUACACCAUUAGAUAACGUUUGUACGGCUACAGUGGCAGUCACAUUUGCGUUGUUUAGUGAGUUUUCAAAAUCUAGUCAUUUUAACAAGAAUUCACGUGAUCGAGAUCCCCAGUUUACCACUUUACUAAAGAAGUGUGUUGUUUGGUAAAAUCCCCCGAAACAUGCUGUGAUCACUUAAAAUGAGUCUUAAAAUUUUUCUUAAAAAAAGCAUUUAUUAGCAUCUGUAAUCUGCCUUUGCACGCAGAACAUGUUUAGUGUUGCAGAAAUUGUUCUGUUCAAUAAAUAAAGGCCCUUCAGUCUAACAGCUAA